AUGGCGCCCUCAUCGACCUUGAUCAACAAGGUCAAGGUUCAGCUUAAGCUCAGCAUCUCGCGACUACGCAUGGUACAACAGAAAGACACCGCUCUCGCGAAGCAACAGAGACGCGACAUGGCCGGACUUCUGGACGUCGGCAAGAUCGAAAGUGCGAAGAUUCGUGUUGAAAACAUCAUCCGUUCAGACUUGCACACCGAGCUCCUCGAAAUCCUCGAACUAUACUGUGAGCUGUUGAUCGCGCGUGUGGGCUUGCUCGAAGCCAAGGAAUGUGAUCCAGGUCUCGAAGAGGCUGUUCAAAGCAUAAUUUACGCGGCACCGAAGAUUGAAGGCGUGAAAGAGUUGACAGCGGUCCGGGUGCUAUUGGCGGAGAAGUUCGGAAAGGAGUUUACCCUCCGUGCAGUGGAGAAUGCAGAUGGAAAGAUCCCCAAGCGCGUAACAGAUCGUUUGAGGGUGGAACCACCUGCGGCGGAGUUGGUAGAGGCAUAUCUCGAGGCCAUCGCCGAUGCAUACAACGUGGACUAUCCGCCUGGAAUUAAAGCGAAACGAGCCGCAGAUGAGGAGGAGAGGUUGAAUGGAGGUCCAGGAAACGAUAUUGAUGGUGACGAUGAUAACGACGACGACGAGCCUUCGGGAGGACAAAAGGUAAAGUCACUUGAAGCGCCAUUGUCAAAUGAAGAGCUUAGUCGAGCAACACCGCCUCGCGAUCUUGGUCCACGGAGUGGUGUCGCAGUCAUGCCGCCCUCGCCGAGUACAGAUAACGUUCGGCCCAAACUCAAUCUCCCUGGUCCUCCAGAGCUCACGCCAUCAAAGAAAAUGGCCGAUGCUGCGCUGAAGAAGAAAUCCACUGCAGCCGCUUCGAGCUCAAGUAAUGGUCCAGGGGGAAAGAUCCCAGAUGUCGACGAAUUGUCAAGACGGUUUGCCCAACUGAAGAGGUAG